GGGACCAGACCGUGGGAUGGCAGGGACUCUGCUCAGCGCCCUGCUUCUCUUGCAACUUCUCGGCAGAGGUGAAGGGAAGAACGAGGAGCUGCGUCUUUACCACCACCUCUUCGACAACUAUGACCCAGGACGCCGACCAGUGCAGAAGCCUGAGGACACUGUCACCAUCGCCCUCAAAGUCACCCUGACCAACCUCAUCUCACUGAAUGAGAGAGAGGAGACCCUCACCACCAGCGUCUGGAUUGGAAUCGACUGGUAUGAUUACCGACUCAACUACAGCAAGGGCGAUUUUGGGGGCACAGAAACCCUGCGGGUCCCUUCAGAACUUGUAUGGCUGCCAGAGAUUGUGCUGGAAAACAAUAUCGACGGCCAGUUCGGUGUGGCCUAUGAAGCCAACGUGCUGGUCUCGGAGGGUGGCUACGUGAGCUGGCUGCCCCCGGCCAUCUACCGCAGUAUCUGCGCCGUGGAGGUCACCUACUUCCCUUUCGACUGGCAGAACUGCUCGCUUGUUUUCCGCUCCCAGACGUACAGUGCAGAAGAGGUGGAGCUCGUCUUUGCUGUGGACGACGAUGGCGACACCAUCAGCAACAUAGAUAUCGACACCGAGGCCUAUACUGAGAACGGGGAGUGGGCCAUCGACUUCUGCCCCGGGGUGAUCCGCCGCCACGACGGUGGCUCUAAUGAUGGUCCAGGGGACACUGAAGUCAUCUACACGCUCAUCAUUCGCCGGAAGCCGCUCUUCUACGUUAUUAACAUCAUCGUGCCUUGCGUGCUCAUCUCGGGCCUAGUGCUGCUCGCCUAUUUCCUGCCGGCACAGGCCGGCGGCCAGAAAUGCACCGUCUCCAUCAACGUCCUGCUCGCCCAGACCGUCUUCUUGUUCCUAAUUGCCCAGAAAAUCCCAGAGACAUCUCUGAGCGUGCCGCUGCUGGGCAGGUACCUCAUUUUCGUCAUGGUGGUUGCCACGCUCAUUGUCAUGAAUUGCGUCAUCGUGCUCAACGUGUCUUGUCGGACGCCCACCACUCACGCCAUGUCCCCGCGGCUGCGCCACGUCUUACUGGAGCUGCUGCCCCAACUCCUGGGCUCGGGCGCACCCCCCGAGGUCUCCCGGGCCGCCUCGCCCCCAAGGCGGGCGUCGUCCUUGGGCCUACUGCUCCGCGCGGAGGAGCUGAUACUGAAAAAGCCGCGGAGCGAGCUCAUGUUUGAGGGGCAGAGGCACCGGCACAAGACCUGGACUGCUGCCCUCUGCCAGACCCUGGGCGCUGCCGCCCCCGAGAUCCGCUGCUGUGUGGAUGCCGUGAACUUCGUGGCCGAGAGCACGCGAGACCAGGAGGCCACCGGCGAGGAGGUGUCCGACUGGGUGCGUAUGGGGAAGGCCCUUGACAACGUCUGCUUCUGGGCCGCUCUGGUGCUCUUCCUUGUCGGCUCCAGCCUCAUCUUCCUCGGGGCCUACUUCAACCAAGUGCCCGAACUGCCCUACCCGCCCUGCAUGUAGCUGUGAGCCUGCCGCCACGGUGACAAGCGUUCCCACCCAUCUCCAGGAGGAAGUCUGAAAAACAAGUUGCUCCCAUUGCUUUAUCACGAUCCUUUCGUACUGCCAGUGAUAAAUCUGUAUUCA